AUGGCUAGCACCGCUACUCAAGAGGAUUUUGACGCUGCCAUCACCAAGCUUACCACUCUUAUUACUGCAAGUACUAACUAUAGUAAUACUACUAAUGCUAGUAAUACUACUAAUGCUAGUAUAACUACAAUUAAUACAAAUAUUGCUACGGUUUCAGAUAACCUAACAAAGCUUGAGAAAACUUGCUUUACUCAGUAUGAAAGUUCUGAAAAGAAAUUUGAAGAUAUUCAUCUGAUUCUCGACAAGUUUGUAACUACUCUUAAGAUUGAAGAUGAAGAAACCUUAAAGCUACUGGCUGAAGCUAAGAAACCUUCAUCAUCAAAGAAGAAUUUGCUUGUUCACAACGAUGAUAUUCCUGAUGAAAUCAUUGAAGAUGAAGAUAUUCAAGAAGAACAUCAAGAAAAAAUUUGGACUGAAGAUAAAAGGCUUAAGUCUUCACAAAACCCUUACAGUUCUUUGCCUGAAUACAAAUUAAAGGCUGAUAUUCCUAGUUUUAAUGGUAGUUUCAGAAUUGAAGAGCUUUUAGAUUGGUUUUAUGAAGUUGAAGCUUUCUUUCAAUUUAUGGAGAUUCCAGAUCAUUCUAAAGUUCGACUUGUUGCAUAUAAACUUAAAGGAGGUGAUGUUGCUUGGUGGGAGAGAUUAUGUGAUGACAGAAUUAACACUUCCAAGCCUCCUAUUCAAGAGAAACUAGUAGCAAGAUUUGUGGAGGGUUUGAAUACUUUGAUUCAAAAAGGAAUGGUUCAGUCAGUAUUCACCAUGGUUGAAGCUAUUCAACAGGCGAUUAAAAUUGAACGUCGACUUCUUCGUUCAACUAAGAUCUCCCAACCUAGACAAAGUCGUUACCAAGGUAAUUACAUACCUAAUACUUCAUCUCCAAAUUUUUAUCAAGAAGCUACUCCAAUGUAUUAUUCAAAGUCUUCGUAUCAAGAUGAUAGUAGUCAUGCUUAUCGUAAACAAGCCUCUACUACUCCUUACACGCCUCCUCCUUUGAAUACUGCACCUAUUUUACCAACUCCAAUGGAGAUUCAAGCUGUUCAACAGACUCAAGUUCAACAAAAUCGAGCUGCUGCUACUUCUGGAAAUCGUUUUCCUAGCAGAAAUCAACAACAAUUUCCACCACAACAACAAAGUAAUAAUUCUUAUGCCAAGUUUCUAGGAGACAAGUGCAAUAAAUGUCUACAACCUGGACACACGUCUAGUGAAUGUCGAAAAAUUAAUGCUUUUAUUGGAGAUACUCAGUUCAUUAAUGAAGUCAAUGCUGAUUUUAAUGAACCCGAAGAAGAAGAUUCACCUGAAACUCAAGAUGAAGACGAAUUUGUUGUGCAUCCUCAUCCAGCACCUUACUCUGUAGGAUGGGUUAAUAAAUCAACUACUCAAGAUAUUACUCACCAAUGUUAUGUCACUUUCAAGUUUGAAGAUAUUCGGGAAUUUUGUGAAGACAAAACAAGUGAUAUUGUAGCUACUAUUGUUCGUUCUCUACAACAAAAGCAUUCUUUGAACUCCCAUGAAGAAACUAAACCUAUGAUUGAGUUACCUGAAAAAGUUCAACCUUUGUUAACUCACUAUAGUGUUUUAUUUCCAGCUGAGUUACCAACUUCCUUACCACCAUUAAGGGAUAUUCAACACUGUCUUGAUUUUAUUCCUGGAGCUUCUCUACCUAAUCAAGCACACUACAGGUUGAGUCCUACUGAGCAUGAGAUUUUGCAAGGUCAAGUGAAUGAUUUACUUCAAAAGGGUUUGAUACGACCUAGCAACAGCCCUUGUGGUAUCCCUGCUUUCUUAGUUAGCAAGAAAGAUGGUGGAUGGAGGAUAUGUCUCGAUUGCAGAACAUUAAAUCAAUUCACAAUUCCUUAUCGAUUUACUAUACCUCGUAUUGAUGACAUGAUAUACUUGCUUUCAGGUUCUAUUAUAUUCACUAAGUUGGACUUACGUAGUGGAUAUCAUCAAAUACGAGUUCGAGAAGGAGAUGAAUGGAAAACAACAUUCAAGACGCGUGAAGGAUUAUAUGAAUGGCUUGUCAUGCCAUUUGGAUUGUCUAACGCACCAAGUACAUUUAUAAGAUUUGUGAAGAAUUUUAGCAGUGUUUUUGCACCCCUAACUGACUGCCUCAAGAAAGAGAAGUUUGAAUGGACAGAAGCAAUGAACAUAAGCUUUAAUACUCUGAAAGAAAAGCUUUGUACUGCACCAAUUCUUGUUUUACCAAAUUUCGACAAACCUUUUGAGAUAGAUUGCGAUGCUUCUAUUAUUGGUAUUGGCGCUGCUCUCAAGCAGUGGCAUACUUAUUUGAUACAUAGAGAAUUUGUUGUCAAUACUGACAACCAUGCACUGAAAUAUUUGAAUACUUCUGCUAAAUUUAACAGGAUGCAUGAUCGAUGGUUAGCUACAAUCAACAAAUAUACUUUCUCUGUGAAGCACAAAAGUGGAAAGUUGAACCAAGUUGCCGAUGCUCUAAGUAGAAGAAGUCAUUUGUUGGUCACAAUCCGUAAUGAGAGUUUUGCAUUUUAUUACAUCAAAGAUAUCUAUCCAGAGGAUGAAGAUUUCAGUAAAUUAUGGAACUUAUGCAGUUCUCAAAGUCAUGAAGUUGAUGAUUUUCUCAAUCAAGAUGGAUUUCUUUUUAAAGGUAAUCGUUUAUGUAUUCCGCAAGGUUUCUUUAUGUUUACAUCUUAUACGUGA